UGUCGUCGAUAUGAAGUUGUUUCCUGCUGGGACAGUUUAAAUAAAGGAACUGGGACACAGCGGGGUAGAUUAAUACACCCGCACAGGCUGAACGGUAUUAGAAUAGAACACAGCAGCUCUUAACGACUGCUUAGCUCGCCAAUAUAUUUGAUUACAGACUACUUGUCUGGUAGAGAGAACGACAACCGAUCCAAAACAUUUUGAAUUGUAUCCUACUGUUUUUUAUUUAAUUCGUGCUGAUCUGAAAGCACGUAACGGUGGUAUUUUGGGGGGGGCGAUAUUAUUGGGAAACCUAGGUUUCUUUCGUGUUUUAUUUCACUACCCUCGGAAUGCUUACUCAGAACAGGAUACAAAAGAUCUGGAUUCCUUCAAAGGAUGACAAACCGGCAGUCCCCCGGCGAUUGACGGGGGCCCCACACCUGGCCAACCCCCCAACAGUGAUUGUGAUGGUGGGUCUGCCAGCCAGGGGGAAGACCUACAUGUCCAAGAAACUCACCCGAUACCUCAAUUGGAUCGGCAUGCCCACCAAAGUCUUUAACGUGGGAGAGUAUCGCAGAGAAGCAGUCAAGAACUACAGCUCGUAUGACUUCUUCAAGGCUGACAACGAGAGUGCUGUGAAAAUCAGACAACAAUGUGCCUUAGCAGCUCUGAGAGAUGUUGAGUCUUACCUGACAGAGGAGGGAGGCCAGGUUGCAGUCUUCGAUGCCACCAACACUACUCGUGAGAGACGAGACAUGAUCCUGGACUUUGGCAGUGAGAACGGCUUCAAGAUCUUCUUCAUUGAGUCGGUGUGUGAUGAUCCCAGCGUCAUCGCCACAAAUAUCAUGGAAGUGAAGGUGUCCUGCCCAGACUACCAGGACUGCAACAAGACAGACGCCAUGGAGGACUUCCAUAAGAGGAUAGAGUGUUACAGGGUCCACUACGAACCCCUGGACCCAGACCAGUACGACAGGAGCCUGUCCUUCAUCAAGGUGGUAGAUGUAGGCAGACGGUUCCUGGUGAACCGGAUCCAGGACCACGUCCAGAGUAAGAUCGUCUACUACCUGAUGAACAUCCACGUCCAGCCCAGAGCCAUCUACCUGUGUCGCCAUGGAGAGAGCACGCACAACCUGCAGGGACGCCUGGGGGGAGACUCAGGGCUGUCGCCAAGGGGGAGAAAGUUUUCUGGGGCGUUGUCGACGUUCGUUAAAGAGCAGAACUUGACGGAUCUGAAGGUGUGGACCAAUCAGAUGUGUUGCAGCAUCCAGACUGCUGAGAGCCUGGGAGUGCCCUACGAACAGUGGAAGGCCCUCAACGAGAUAGACGCUGGUGUGUGUGAGGAGAUGACGUACGAUGAGGUGAAGGAGAAGUACCCUGAGGAGUUUGCUCUGAGAGACCAGGACAAAUAUUACUACCGCUACCCCACAGGAGAGUCCUAUCAGGACCUGGUCCAGCGGGUGGAGCCAGUGAUCAUGGAGCUGGAGAGACAGGAGAACGUUCUGGUUAUCUGUCACCAGGCUGUGAUGCGCUGUCUGCUGGCUUACUUCCUGGAUAAGAGUGCAGAAGAGAUGCCCUACCUGAAGUGUCCCCUCCACACGGUGCUGAAGCUCACCCCCAUUGCCUACGGCUGCAAGGUAGAGUCCAUCUCACUCAACGUGGAAGCGGUGAACACCCACAGAGAGAGACCAGAGGAGAUGAAGAAGUAUCCUGGGACUCUGAUCAGGAGGAACAGUGUGACCCCCCUGACCAGCCCCGAGCCCAACAUCAAGAAACCCCGCAUCGACGGCCUGGACGAACCCCUCCAGGAGCUGCCCAUGUCCCUCUGCAGUCCUUCCCACCUCACCUUGGCCGGACAGCACUGGCUUGGCAAAGUCUGUCUAACAUGAAGAGAAUGUCCAACGAUCGCCAUGAGAUCCUGCAGCUCUGCCAAUGAGAUCGCACUGCCUCGUCACCUGAUCCAAGACCCCAGGAAGUGAAAGCCGGCAAAGAAAAUUCAACAAUGUCACCAAAAUGGACAUUGUUGUGUCCCCCCCCCCCAUCUUCCUCUUUCUGGAGAUCCCAGGGCACUUCUUUUCUCACACAGACAUGUUAGUGAGUGUCUGGUCUGUGUUAUCUGCCAGUGCUUGUAGUACAAACACUUUGCCUCUGGGAAAGAGCGAGAUUACACUGUACAUUAGGGGUCUUCACAGGUCCACCCGAAACACCCGAGCGGGCCCGGGUCCAAAAUUCUACGUUUUCCAUGAAUCUGUAGUGACCGCUCACCCUGGAAUGAUGGUUUAAUUAGUGUAAUAGCUCUGUGAUUUUAAGGAACUAUUAUAUCUGGUUUGAGUGACUACUUGGCACUCGGCAACGCAUCCUUCAGAGAGCUGGAACCAGGCCAAAAAUUUGAAAUCUCCCUUUCUUGACACCCUCCUGAGAUCUGAGUGAUGAGUCAUGUAUCCAUGGUUAUAUCACUCUUUUUAAAAACAGAUGGAAUCAUUUAGUUUACGAUGUAAACAUGUUCCUAUAGGAAUGCCUCUGAAAUAAUGACUACCCAAAUUGUGUUUGUCACUUUGGUUGAUGUUGAGCACUUAUUCACUUUUUUUGUUCUGAUUUCAUUUCUAAAGAUUUGAGUAUCAGACUGUUACUGAACAACCGGUGUACUCAUGCUAUGAAAUGAAUGAUUAUUUUGCACAGCAAAGUUGAUAUUCCUAUUGAGUGGUGUGUAUGACUGUGUCCAUAGACACAAUUGUCUCUUUCUGUCUUUCUCUCCGAAAGGAGAUUUGGACCUAGAGUGCCUAGUGCUUGUCUUUCAAGCCCAAUGCUGCUUCUGUACCCAUAUAGCUGGCCAUAGAAAUUCAGACAUAUGCUACCUUCAGAGAACAUGCAGUAUAACGUGAUUCACUUUUCUUUGCAAGCCAGCUGCUAACAUGUGUGAGCACUUAUAUCUUUGUUAUGAAAAUACGUUCUGUAAAUAGACAUGUAAAUAUAUAAGACUUGAAGGAAUGCUCAGCGUUUGGAAUGUUCAAGUCUCGAACUGAGUGGAAAGGUAUUUUGUAGAGGCUCUUUUGUACUGCUCUCUGAUUGGCUGAUUCAUACUUAAUUGUAAGUUUAAUUGUAAGUCGUGUACUACUCUGCCCUACAAAGGUAAAACGCAGUAACUAUGCCAACAGUGAAACUGAGAAAAAUGGCUUUGAAGUUGUUUUGUUAGCCGGCCAAAUAUGUUCUGCAUAUCAUAUUGGCAGUACUACUUUUGUUCAUUUGUUUGCUUCUGAUACUUGAAUUUUGUUUUUUUUGUAAGACAUUUUUUCUCAAACUAUUUAUUCCUAUGUAGAUUUAGAUGAUCGUUUGGAGCGGAUGGCCCCUGGUCUUGCCUGAGUACUGUGUAUAACUUGUGUAUGACAAGCAACGCUUCUGAGAGGACAACAUGUGUACAUUCUGCAUUUGCUGGGCCAAUAAAUCUCCAGGAAAAUAA